AUGGCUGAAGGAGAAGGCUGGUGGGGAGGCUGGCUUCAGCAGAGUUUCCAGGCCGUCAAAGACAAGUCAUCUGAGGCCUUAGAAUUCAUAAAGCGAGACCUGACGGAGUUCUCCACCGUGGUUCAGCAUGACACGGCCUGCUCCAUCGUUGCCACGGCAACCGCCGUCAGAAACAAACUCGCUAAGGGCCUGUCUAGUUUCUUAGGGGUGAUAACGGACACGCUCGCUCCACCCCCGGAUAAAACCAUCGAUUGUGAUGUCAUCACUUUGGUGGCGACGCCAGCAGGAACCACAGAGGUCUACGACAGCUCAAAGGCGCGUCUCUACAGUCUGCAGGCGGACCCGGCGACCUACUGCAACGAGCCCGAUGGUCCACCAGAGCAGUUUGACAACUGGCUGUCCAGUUUCAGUCUGGAAGAAAAGAAGGGAGAAAUCUCUGAUCUCCUGGUCAACAGUGCCAGCUGCUGUAGCUCAUUCCGAGUUCUGGCAGAGAUAUUUCUACAAAGUCUUCCAGCUGGAACAGACGACUUCCUGGGCUCCGCGUCGCCGUUUCGGCUGAGCUCCGCCUCCUCCGCGCUAAGCCCCGCCCCCUCCCCGCUAAGCCCCGCCCCCUCCCCCGGCGAGGAGCGGGAGGCCACCCCCUCGGUCAGCAGCGACAGUGUGAGCCUGCCCACGCAGGUGGAGGUCGCGGUGGGCGGGGCCAAUGUGGGCGGGGCCAAUGUGGGCGGGGCCAAUGUGGGCGGGGCCCACGACACUAAAGACGAGCAGAGACCCCAAAAAAGUGACUUGGACCACGAGGCUCCGGCAGAUUCUGUAAGGCAGCCAGAGGCCCCGCCCCCUUCCGCCAAACAGCCCGAACCCUCAAAAGAGGAGGGGCCACAGGACCUUAGG